AUGGCAGCUCAAGAAACUAUUGGAUCCGUAUCUAACAAGAGGCCAUUGUCCGAAUUGGCAGACGACACGCCCGGCGAGAAUGGCGGCGAUUCUUCCUCCGACGAUGACUUUGGCCCAGCCUUACCGUCUGCAGCUGCGCCGAAGAAGAAACGCCGCAAGCUCGCUUUUGAAAAAGUCUACGUGAACGCGCUGCCUACGUCGCAACGAUACACCAAGUCGCUCAUGCACCGAGACCAACUGUCGUACGUGAAUAUUACGCCGUCAACCGAUUUCCUCAUUACGAGCUCGAUUGAUGGCGUUGUCAAGUUCUGGAAGAAAAUGGCCGUUGGGGUGGAAUUCGUGAAAGAGUUUCGAGCGCAUGCCGGCGAGAUUACCAGCACGACUGUCAGCGCGGAUGGAAGGAGUUUCGCUACAGCUGGAUCGGAUAAAACUGUGAAGAUAUUUGAUGUUAUUACUUUCGAUCUUCUAGCGUUGUUCGACCUCGAGUUCACACCACGGUGCGUCUGUUGGGUGCAUAAACGUGGCGCAUCCCUACCUUUGCUUGCCGUUACCGAUGAAGCCACGCCUACAAUCACAAUUUUUGACGGUCGAGGGGAGAAUCGCGAGCCAAUGCAUACGCUCCCUUCAAUACACAGAAAACCAGUUGUUGCGCUAGCAUUCAACAAUAUCUUUGACUGCGUCAUCUCAGCCGACGAAGCCGGUAUGGUUGAAUAUUGGAGACCUUCAGACGACUUUUCGAAACCAGACAACGUCUUCGAACUGAAAUCAUCUACAAAUUUGUUCGAGUUUCGAAAGAAGAAAUCAGUGCCAUCAUCAAUCACGAUCUCGCCCUCCGGGAAACAAUUCGCUACUUUUUCAUUUCCGGACCGACAAGUCCGGAUUUUUGAUUUUCAGUCUGGAAAAUUGUAUAGAACAUACGAUGAAUCAUUAACGACAAUCACUGAUAUGCAAGAAGCUGGGACGGCGUUGGAUCGACUAGAGGAAGUCGAGUUUGGACGACGAAUAGCCGUUGAGCGCGAGAUCGAAAAUCCAGUCUCGCGAUCCAAAACUAAUGUCAUUUUUGACGAGUCCGGUCAUUUUAUACUAUAUGGGUCUCUCCACGGCAUCAAAUGCAUCAACACAUUCACCAAUCGCGUGGUCCGCGUAUACGGCAAGGACGAACCAUUCCGCGCCUUGAAUCUGGCAGUAUACCAGGGCGCACCACAAAAGAAAGGAGUCGUCACCGUCAGUAUGGCCGCCAGUUCCAAUCCUCUUCUCCAAGAAGCCGAAGAACGCGAUCCCAUCCUCGUGUCCACCGGAUUUGGCAAAGUUCGUUUCUACAUGUUCACCAACGACACCGAAAUUAACAAAUCGACUCGCGACAUCCAAAACGAGAAACCGCGCGAAGGUGACAUCGCUUCCAAAGAAUCCACCACCAAAAAGACCGAAUCUGGGACCUCCGCAAUCCUACACACAACGUUGGGCGACAUCCACCUACGGCUAUUCCCUCAAAUCGCACCCUUAACCGUCGAAAACUUCGUCACCCACGCCCGCCAGGGAUAUUACAACAACACAAUCUUCCACCGCGUAAUCCGCAAAUUCAUGAUCCAAGGCGGCGACCCCUUAGGCGACGGCACGGGCGGCGAAAGUAUCUGGGGCGGGGAAUUCCAAGACGAGAUAUCGCCAACCAUCAAACACGACAAACCGUAUACUUUGAGUAUGGCGAAUGCGGGGCCGAAUUCGAAUGGGUCGCAAUUUUUUAUAACGACAGAGAAGACGCCGUGGUUAGAUGGGAAGCAUACGAUUUUCGGGAGGGCGGUUGCCGGGUUGGAUGUUGUGCAUAGGAUUGAGAAUGUGAAAGUGAAAAAGGAGAGGCCGGAGGAGGACAUAAAGAUUGUUAGUAUUAGUAUAUCUUGA